UUCUUUUUCCGUCCCUUCGUCCGUUUCCUUGUGGGUAGGAAAGAAGGCAGACCCGGUCCGGUUCAGUGCGGCAAGUGAAGAAGACGAGCGCUCGUUGCGGAAGACAAGAACGAAAAAACGGCACACUCGUGGACGGACGUUCCUCCGCAGAAGACUCGCCCGUUGAUAGUGGUACGGUAGCUGUUGCUGUCCCUUCUCUUGUUCGGCCUUCGUCAUUUGGCGGUAGCGCGCGCGGUUGACCAUGUGAGGCGAGAGAUAGCCCCAAAAGUGUAAAAACGGCCAGAUCAUUCCCGGUUUCGGAAGCGAAGAAAAAAGGUCAUCAAGGCAGUCUUUUUUGUUUUGUCAAACCAAGAGGACAUCGAAUACGACGCCGACGACUGCUACGACGGAGGUGGCGAGCGCGUUGAUUUUCUUGUUGCGUCGGUUUUGGUGGUUCCGUUUUUUUUUGUUCGCGAGGACGUGGAGGAAUUUUUUCGACAGUCGAAAAAUACUCGGCGACCGGUUCGGGGGUCCGGAAUAUUAGUGAAUUUUUGUCGCAAUUACCGAUAAUGAGUUAUGAGGCGUAGGGAUGGUUGACGGACGACUGGCCUCGAAAUUAAUGAGCCUUGUCUAAGGUGAAGCAUACGUGAGUGCGAGAUUGUAUGUGUGACAAUCGUGAAAGCAUCAGCGGUUCCUGAAGCGAAGAGGAACAAGUGGAAAGAAACAAGUGAGUGAGAGUGCAUUGGAAGAAAAAAUGUAAACACCAUUAGUGAACAAAAAGUGUAAUGAUAAUUGUGUCAAUCAGUUUUUAUUCCCCGCAGCAAUCGAUUUCGUGCAAUAAUGCUGAUCGAUGUAUGCCGGUUCGGAGGCGACAUCCAAGUGCGAUUGAUGGUGAAUAAGUGCGAGGGAGACGAGUGAAUUUUGCUGCGAUUCAUUCAUAAAACGUGAUUAAAUUGAACGUGGUAGGAUCCCGGGCGCCGUAUCGGUACGGGACUUGAAUUGAUUCCUUGUUACUUUGAAUAUCUGAGAUUUUAUCACACACUCGCCCUGCCUCGCUUCUGAAUUGAUAAUAACAGAAACGCGAAAUAAUAACGGAAUCGCAUGUUGGGUGAAAUUAUCGGAAGCACAGCUGAGUGACGUGCGAUGACCGACGACACGAAUUAGAAGUGUUUGUGCAAGUGCACUGCUGGUGAGCACACAGGAAGCAAAUCAAUUAGUUCUAGCGACUAGACGUGGCGAUGGUUCCAACAGAGUGACAGUACCUACUUUCCCCUGAUUAAUCAACGGUCUCGUUGGUGGAAGCAUUUUCCGAUGACACUGUUGAGUAAACAUAAUUGCGAGCGGUUUACAAUCGGUGAAUGAGGAAGUGCGCUGAUAGCUUACCCUCAAUUAAUUUACGCGUGAACCCUGCUGAUGAUGUGCUAUUGUUUACGGUUUGUUGUGGUAGCAGAAGAACACCUUGAGGGCCCAGUGUCAAGAUAUGUAUCCGUGGUAUAGAGAGGCGCCGCUAAGUGUUGGACAGAUUUGCAGCCCUCUGUCAGGAGCGGCGGCAACUACCAUCAAGACAGAGGUCGGCUACAGUGAUUGUAUGCUGGAUUUUCAUAGUAAGAAAACUCCAUCCUCGUUCCCCUGGCUAUCGGACGCAACCAACAACAACGAUUACUCCAAAGCCAAUAAUAAUAACCACCACAGCAGCCAUCACCCGCAUCUUCACCACCAUCACAACACCUGCCGACACCCGGAGGACACCAAAUCCGGGCUCAACUGCAGCUCGCCCCGGAUAGGGAGCUCAAGCGGAGGUCUAACCUCCGGCCAUCAUCCAUCUUCGGCGGCGGCCCCAACAGCGGAGGGAGCCACUCCCGACUCCAGCAGCACGACGGCGACCGCGGCGAUACCGAACUUCAACCAGAUGCCGGUGCCGGGCUCGGUCCAGGGCCAGAACCCCACCCAGGGGCUGGUGCACUGGAUGAGCGCGGUGAUGGCCGAGCACAUGACGUCCAACUCGCACCACGAUCCGACCGCGGUCGGGAUGCACUACAUGUGGAACGGACCGGUAGAGGCCAAAAUGAAUGCAGUCGAUCAUCACCAUCAUCACAACAACCUGCAGAAAGGUCACAUGAUUGACGACGGACGGCUGCUGGAUCACCACGGAAUGCAGUCGGCGCAGAUGAGUCAGAUCUACGGGGCCCGAGGGGCACCGACGAAUGGCUCACCCGGUGGACAUCACGUGCAUCCGAACCCGGCGGCCCUUCUCGUCGUCCCGCAGCCCAUCAACGCCACCAAGAUAGGGGCAGCGCUGCCGAACGGGACCGGCCGGAAGUACCAGUGCAAAAUGUGCCCACAGAUUUUCACAUCGAAAGCAGAUCUCCAGCUACACACGCAAAUUCAUAUGCGAGAAGCAAAACCCUACAAAUGUUCCCAAUGUAAUAAGGCGUUUGCAAACUCGAGCUAUCUUUCACAACACACUCGGAUACACCUUGGAAUCAAACCUUAUCGGUGUGAGAUUUGCCAGCGGAAAUUCACUCAACUAUCCCACCUUCAACAGCACAUCCGGACUCACACCGGCGACAAACCAUACAAGUGUCGACAUCCUGGCUGUUUGAAAGCAUUUUCGCAGUUGUCGAACCUCCAAUCGCACUCUCGCUGCCACCAAACGGACAAACCUUUCAAAUGCAACUCUUGCUACAAAUGUUUCUCCGAUGAACCCUCCCUGCUGGAGCAUAUUCCUAAGCACAAAGAAUCGAAACAUUUAAAGACUCACAUCUGUCAGUACUGUGGCAAGUCCUACACCCAGGAAACCUACCUUUCCAAGCACAUGCAGAAGCACUCUGAGCGAACAGACAAGCGGCCACCGAUUGGAGCACGUAGCAGUAGUAGCACACUAAAUCUCAAUACCAAUACGACCGUCCCUCCUGCAAUAACUGGCGGCGAUAAUCCAUACUGGCCGAAAGUGAGUCCGGACUCAGCAGCCAAUAUGACGGACGUCAUGCAGCAGCAGCCUCCGACGAAUCAACAACCCCCGCAGCAACCGCAGCAGACAAAUCCGCAAAGCCAUCACGAUUUCAGCCUGAACCAGCAGAACAAUCCCAACAAUCAAACUCCCAACGGUCACAACAACGCACAGGGUGAGCUCCACCAUCAUCGGGACGAGAACGUCGAAGACCUGGUAGUCAGUGCUCGCCAGAGUGCACCGAACAUGAACGGAAACAUCGUGCUGCCGCCCUCGUCGACCCCGAUGUCCGCCGGCGGUUACGACACCAGCAGCAUAGCGAAAGCGGCAUCCAACUCGGCCUUCACGCCGAUCAACUCGAUGCCGCCGCACCUGAACACCCUGCAGCACCACCAUCACCACCAGCUGGCGCAGCGGCCGUAUCUGUACGACGCGAUCAGCUUCCAGAACCAGAAGGCGAUCCAGCAGAGCCCGUCGAACACGUUCCCGAACCAGUUGAUAUCGCUGCACCAGAUCCGGAACUACGCGCACCAGCCGGGCGGUGGGCUGAUGGCGGGGGAGCACCUGCUCGGGGUAACUGUGGGGCCCGGUGGUAAGGAUAAGGGUUAAAUGUGUUGGCAGAUAUAUUAGUAUGUGUCGGUUGUUGGCGUGAAGAAUGUUUUCUAGAAAAAUGGCCUUUAUAAUUUCACCUGUAAUCCAGAAAUCCAUAUGGUAAACAUGAAGUUUACAAUGAGAACAAGUUGAUCAUUGAUUAGAUCGAUUUCAUUAUAAUUGAACAGCUGAGGACAUCGCGAAUGCAUCUGAUGGAUAAUUCGAAUAUUCUGCGAUAACACUGAAACCGCCGCUAAAACUCCCGCAGAACUUAAUUUUGGGAAAUUCUACAAAUUCAUUAGGAUUUUUUAGUAUUGAAUGAUGCACUCGCUCAUAAUUCUGAAAAUCUGUCUAAUUGCAAAUCUGUUAGGUGAUCUUUCAGUUCCUAAUAGAAUAUUUAGGUGUUAAUGAGUAUUUUACAAAAUUCUAACUCGAAUUCGCCUUUUGUUGAAAACAAACGCUUAUUCUAAAUCUUCUAUCUUCGAAUAUUCUGGAAGUAUUUAUAAAUUAAAAAUAUUUUUAAAAAAUAUAAAAUUCCUUGCAAUAGAUCAAACAAUAUAUUCAAAAACUCUAAAAUUAAUUUAAAAUUCAACAUUUUCUCCGACAUUUUGGGUACUUGUUGUUGCUUGUUGCUUAGUUGCUCUUGUUAAGGUAUUUCUAUCCAAGAUUACGAAAACAUCUUUCAAAAUUUUAUUGAUUCAUCCCGAAAACACAAAAAUUCUUUCCCAAAAUAGACAGUUUUACAAAAAAUUGAUACUUUUUUUUUGAAAUCCCUAUAUUUGGGGUUUAGUACAAAUAAAACCUUCGUGACAGCAUUGUCCAUUUGGCGAAGCUUCAAAACUAGAUUCUAUUUCAUAUUAGUAAUACAUAUUUCGGUUACAUAAUUUAACUGUUAACUAGUUUCUAUUUCAAUCUUCCCAGAGCAACAAAUUCUACACCACAACUCAUCAACAAUUACAAAGUGAAUUGCAGUCAUACAGCCAGUGUUGCCAGUUUCACUAAUAACUUCAACUCUUCUAAAAAAUGAGCAAACUCAAAACAUCCUUAGGGAAGUUUGCAAAGAUUUUGUUUUCGGAAACCGGAAUAUUUUUCAAUCAUUUUAGAAUAUCUUCCGAAAGAACAGAAACUUUUCUGGCAAAUUCGGAAUUUCGAGCAUUUCUUAUGUCUUUCGAAAAUAUUGAAAUUUAUGGGAAUCAAAACAAAUGAAGUUGAAAAUGAAGUUUGUGACGUUACUUUCCAAAAUCGUUGGCUUAUUUCUCAAUUCAAGACAAACAUUCAGAUAUUGAGAAGGUUCAGAAAUUUCGAAGAUUAUUACGCUCUUUGAGAUGUUUUUCAAAAUGACAGAAAUCUCUUCCUGAAAUAGAAUAUUGUUUUUGAUAUAAAAGAAUUGCAUUGGGCCCUUCUUAGCCGUGCGGUGAGAUGCGCGGCUACGAAGCAAGACCAUGCUGAGGGUGGCUGGGUUCGAUUCCCUGUGCCGGUCUAGACAAUUUUCGGUUUGGAAAUUAUCUGACUUCCCUGGGCAUAACAGUAUCAUCGUGUUAGCUUCCCAGUGGGGGUUGUAAUGCCAAUGAAGAAGAAGAAGAAGAUAAGGGAAUUGCUUAAUGGAUUUUUAAAUUCAGACUUGUUCGUGUUUUCGGAAAUGUUUCAUUUCUGAGCAAAUGAGCAACUCAACAAGUUUUUCAAUCGAUUUGGGAUUUUUUCGUGUAUCUUUUCUUUCAACAUAUGUUCUGGAAGUUUAGCAUUUUUUUUUUCAAAAAUACGCAAAUUAUCUUUCAAAAUUCAGCAAAUUGUAAAGGCACGACAUGACAGAAGGUAAUCCAUAAUCAAUGGCUUGUUGGUGAUUAUGAGCAUUGAUGCAAAUGUUUGAAGAUUUCGGAAAUCCUUUCGAUAAAUUGAAAGUAUUUUGAAAAAAAAUCUCCAGAUGUUUUUUAAUCGAUUCGGGAUUUUUUCUUUCAACAUUUGUUCUGGAAAUUCAGGAUUUUUUGACGUAGGACUUACGUCUCUCUUUACUAUACCGGGUGUCAUUUCAAAAUAUUCAAAUCGGCCGCGUUACGCUGUGUUGAAAGAUUUUAAACAUCAAUAGCGUUCGUCUCAGUGGACGAAUUUCUACGGUAAGCCCCUCAAUCGACAGAUUUCAAGUAUGCCUUCCAUGUCCAUGCUUGAUAAGACCCGAAAAACUUUUUUCAAUAGGCAUGAAACUUUUUUCAAUGAAAAACAUGGAGAUCAAGGGAAUCUAUAAAUAUGGGUACCGCAUAAUUCUUGCAUCAUUCCAUUACCACGUUUUGAUUGGUGCAGACACCAGCGAAUGAGCAGCCGCUGGGUCUGCCGAGAAGCCAUAAAAUAGCGCAACGCGAUUUUUUCCUUUCAUUCUGACCGGGACAAGCGAAGCAACCGCAUCAUCGAUUGAACAGCACUCACACCUUUUAGCAAGGAAUGAAGUCUGCACCGACCGCUUUUUCGGCUCGACACCAUCGAAGCGAACAUCAUCAGCCGAAACCUAGCCAGUACAGCAGCAGUCCACCCUACAGACCCGACAAAGCAGCAAUGCUGAGCAGAUACCGGCAAUAGCAGCAAAGUCGAGCCGAGACCGGCCGGCAUCGGUGCUGAGCCGAGACAGGCUGAAGAAAAGCCACAUGAUGCAGCAUGUAUGUCCAAAAACAAACGGUUCUUCAGAGAGCCAAUAAUAGAGAUCAAUAUCAAUGCUUUCAAUGCCCUUCGGGAUAGAAAUUGUACUUGGGUGCCAAAUCCAAUAUUCUAGAGAUAAAAUUUUAUGCGUGAUUUUCAUAAAUAGCGUCAAAACUAAAAGUGGAUAAUUUUUCUGAUUUAACCGCGAAGUGCACGAAGGACUUCGCUUGACCAUGCCUUUAAAGAUUCAUAAGAUGUCCAAAUCUCUCACAUAAUCUUAUUUGGAUAAAAAACACCGAUAACAACUCAAACAUUAAUAAACUAUCAAUCGAUUUUUCAUCAAAUGUUGGAUUUUUUGGCAUUGAUAAAAAAAUAUGUAGAUAAACAUUGCUUGCGCACACAAAGCGAUCGUGACUGAAUGAUCGUCCCAUGUUACCAAUUCUAAAUCUUAUCACCCGUAAUCCCAUGUCCGGGUGUUUCCUUCCUUCUACUACUAACAAUGUUGUCUCAGAAAAGAACACGUACUUCCCACCUGAACUGCAAUUCUAAGCUCGCUUGCCCGGCUUAUUGGUCUGUAUCUAGCGAAAAGUCCCGUUAGGAAAUAGACGCCAGCAGCGAACAACAAGCGUAAAAAAGAAGAAGCCCUUCUCGAACGCGUUGAUGAUGAUGACGCUUUGGCUGACAAAGAAGCGGGAUACAAGACACUAGCUGAUUGGCCCACCAAUUGGGAAGCAGAGAAGGUUCAAAAUAAGGUAUAAAAGAAAAGUGCAUUCGCUCGCAGAGCAUUCAGUGUUUAUUAUACCAUCACUAGAAAUUUGCAGUUAUUUGAAAAGAUCGUUUUCUUACUUUUUGCACUUAGCCGAAGCAAACAGCCUUUUUCAAGGCUCUAAGAGUUAAAAAUAAUGUUCUCCUUGUUGCUAUCGCACGGAUUAGAAGGCUGUUCAGUGGAAGGGCUGAGAUACAGUCUACAUCCCCUGCUGAGCCAACUUGUGGUUUAUUUCAGGCAGUCCUUCAGUGGGUUACGAAAUAUUAGCCUCGACAGUGGCAACCUUCACUGUCGAGGCUAAUAUUUCGUAACCGGACAGAUACUUCCUGAUUUUUUUUGAUGAUUCUUGUUCCAGGUAUAUUUGAUUUCUGUGUCGGUUUGAUGAGAAGAUUUUGCCAAGGAAUGGUAUGCAACGCCGAUUAUUUAUCCAAAAUAGUUGAUAUGAGAAAUUUGGACAUAUUAUGUAUCUUGAAGGCAUGGUCAAGUCAAGUCCUACGUCCACUUAGCGGUUAUGUCACAGACAUUACCCACUGUUCGUUUUUUUUUUUUUCAAAAACGCGCAACUUCUGGAGGUUCAUAAUCAUUAAUCAAUGGCUUGUUGGUUUUGGUAAUGAGCAUUGAUUCCCAAGAAAUGAGGAGUAGUGGUUUCCUGACGCAUUUAUAUUGUUCAUUGUUCAUUGUGUUUUACAGCAUUUUUGUGUUACUGUAGGCGAGUCUUGAUUUCAAGCUUUUUUAUGGGAAUAUCGAUCAGCCUGGUUGUGCUGGUUGAUUGAAAAAGGCUUUUUAGAACCAAAUUGGUUAGAAGCUGAUUAUAAGAUCAGGGAGAGGCAAUUUUCCAUCUUAUUUUCUAUCAAUGCACGUCGCCAACCACGCAGUCUACGGAGGGUUAGCAAAUCGUCCACCACCUAAUCAAUCCACCUUGCUCAAUGCGCACCUCGCCUUCUUGUGGCCGUCGGAUCGUUGUCGAGAACGAUUUUCACCGGAUUACUGUCCGACAUUCUGGCUACGUGCCCGGCCUACCGCAGUCGUUCGAUUUUCGCAGUGUGAACGAUGGAUGGUUCUCCCAGCAGCUCAUGCAACUCGUGGUUCAUUCGCCUCCUCCACUUGCCGUCUGCAAUCUGCACCCCACCAUAGACGGUUGGUUCACCACGACCAUCGUCCGGGUCUCGUGUCCGCAGAGGACUACCGAUCUAAUGAGCGUUUUGUAGAAAGUCAGUUUGGUUCGGCGGCGAACUCUAUUCGGAGACCAAUGUACGUACAGUUUCCAGCCACAAUGCAUCGCCGAAUUUCUCUGCUAGUAUCAUUUUCGGCAGUCGCGAGUGAACCCAAAUACACCACCGAUACAAACCUGUGGUGGGUGGCUUGCGUUGUCCUCUCUUGAGCCCCUUUUUAUCAUGUACUUUGUCUUGACGUGUUGAUGACUAGUCCAAUCCGCCUAGCUUGCCUCUUCAGUCUGAUGUAGGCUUCCUACAUCUUUUCAAAGUUAUGUGCCAUAAUAUCUAUGUCGUCGGCGAAACCUAAUAUCUGGACGGACUUUGUGAAAAUCGUACCACUCGUGUCGAUCCCUGACCUUCGUAUUAUCUUCUACAAACCAUGUUGAAUAGCACACACGAAAGACCAUCACCUUGCCGUAACCCUUUGCGCGUUUCCAAGGGACUCGAGAAUGCCCCUGAAACUCGAACUACGCACAUCACCCGAUCCAUCGUCGCCUUGAUCAACCGUAUCAGUUUAUCCGGAAAUCCGUGUUCGUGCAUUAGCUGCCAUAGCUGGUCCCGAUCGAUUGUAUCAUAUGUGGCUUUGAAGUCGAUGAAUAGAUGAUGUAUGGGUACGUUGCAUUCGCGGUAUUUCUGCAAUAUCUGGCGUAAGGCGAAUACCUGGGCUGUGGUAGAGCGUUCGCCGAUGUUUUGUAAAAAGGCUCCCGUUUAUGUCCUUACACCUAUCAGGCUGUAGCACGUAGCACUUACUUGAACGGUUCAGCUUCUCAUAAAACUUUUGUGUGUUAUUAGAGCGGUACAAUUGCUCCUUCUCUUCACGGUCUCGAUCUUCCUGCUGGUGGUUUUUGCUCUGGAAAAACGAGUUUUGUCUGUUCCACGCCCGUUUAAUCGUGCCUCGUUCGUUUCUUGCGGUGUUGAAGCAAUCUCGCCCAUGCUGCAUUCUUCUCCUCAACCAACUGCCCACAUUCACCGUCAUACCAGUCGUUUCUUUGAUCCGGGACCACUGUACCAAGUGCAGUGGUUGCGGUGCUACCAAUAGCGGGUCGAAUAUCUCUCCAGCCAUCUUCAAGAGAAACUGCGGCUAGCUGCUCUUUCAUUGGGAGUGUCGUGCCACUUCCAGCUGCUGCGCGUAGUCUUGGGCUAGUUUAUCGUCUUGUAGCCGCCUAAUGUUAAGCCGCGGCGUUCGGCUUCGACGCGUGUUGCACACCGUCGAGAGUUUUGAGCGCAUGCAUACCGCAACGAGGUAGUGGUCAAAUUCAAUAUUCGCACUGCGGUAAGUGCGAACGUUCGUGAUAUCGCAGAAGAAUUUACCGUCGAUUAGAACGUGGUCGAUUUGGUUUUCCGUUUCUUGGUUAGGUGAUCUCCAUGUGGCAUUGUGGAUAUUUUUGCGGGGAAAGAAGGUGCUUCGGACUACCAUUACGCGGGAGGCUGCGAAGUUUAGGCAUCGUUGACUAUCCGGUCCAAUGACCGGUCUAUACAUUUCCUCCCUUCCUACCUAUGCGUUCAAGUCACCGAUGACGAUGACGCUCCAGCUGUGCGUAGAGCGCUUCUUUCUCGUCGUCGGGUCUCCCUUCGUGUGGGCACUGCACGUUGAUGAUGCUAUAGUUGAAGAAACGGCCUUUAAUCCUCAGCUUGCACAUCCUUACGUUGAUUGGCUGCCACCCAAUUACGCGUUGGCGCAUCUUACCCAGCACUAUGAAGCCGGUUCCCAGCUCGUUGGUGGUGCCACAACUUUGGUAGAAGGUAGCCGCUCGAUGCCCGCUUUUCCACACUUUCUGUUUUGUCCAGCAAAUCUCCUGCAGUGCCACGACGUCGAAGUUGCGGGAAUGUAAUUCAUCGUAGAUCAUCCUGUCGCAACCUGCGAAACCUAGCGACUUGCAGUUCCAUGUUCCAAGCUUCCAAUCGUGAUCCUUUAUUCGUCGCCUAGGUCUUUGACGAUUAUAUCGAGUCACAUUAUCUCUUAUAUUGUUCGUAAUUAUUGGUUUUCCAGGCGGCUUAUUAGGCCUGUGCAAACCUCCUGUCUCGUCGGAGGGUCAUCGUGUCAGGGCUGUUUAGCGUCCCACCUAACACCAGGAAUUGGGCUUGUGCGCUUUGAGCGGCACACGGUCGCUUUGGUGGGGCCUACUUGCGGAUACAUGCAGCUUUUUAUAGGAAUUUAACAGGACCCACAUCACAUCCUAGGCAAGCCCCACAACUCGCAGAUGGUCUGGGGAGGGAUCGUGAAGCCCUUGGACAUAGUCCCUGCUGCCCGGAUGCGAAUGCUGCCCAGAUUAUAAUAAAGUCUUAGGUAUUCCCACUUCGGCAGAAGUAAUUAAAAAUACUGAAAUUCGGUCGGAUAAAAUUAAAAAACAAUUACCAAACUUUAAAGCCCUAUAUGAUAUGAAAGCACUUCUUCACCUGACAACCGACCAAAGAAUGGAAAUCACUUGUAAAUUUGUUCUAACGACAAUUGCGAAGAGGCCCUAUGAGGUGUAAAUGUUCCUUAGGUUUUACUGCAGCCAUCCAAAUGAACAGAGGCAAACGCGAUGGCAACACUGUAAUAGCUGUGUAAAUAUGUUCCCAUUAAGAGUUAGGCAUUACAACACACACACAAAAAGACAAAGCGUGGAAUCCGAACGAUACGAAGUAUAAUUUUUGAAUGAUGUAUUUUAUUCCAGAGCCGGAGCAUUUAUCAACGCUGUACAAUUUAUUUGAAGAAGCAUUUGUUCGUGUAACAUUAAUCGUGUAUAUUACAGUCUUUUAGUUGCAAUCUCUGCUCAAUAGAUAAUUGAACAUAAUCGCAAAUGAAUCAACUAAUAUGUAAUUAACCGUCCAACAGACAGGAAAUGAUUCCAAUUAUUUUCUGAACUAUCUACCUUGAGUUACUGUAACUUUGCUGCGUUGUUCGAGAGACGUAGAACUGUGUCCAGUUCAAGCAGAUAAGCAAAGUGAGAACACUUGAAUUUAACUAAGGAUCAAAGGUAAGCGAAUAAUCCUGCACUAACUUAGUACCAGUGAUGUGAAAUGAAUUCAAAUUAAAUCAAUCAUUCUAUCGAAUCUGUAUCUGUUUUUUGUAAAAUAUGAAAAUAAAAUCACGUGACACAUGUAUUUUCUAAAAACUGUGAUAAAUAAUAAAAGAAAAUAUUUCUUAAACAGAUGAAAUCGAACCAGAGCGGAAUAUCAGUUUGUGUCCCCAGUGCGGGAAAUCCCGCACAUCGGGGUUCUGUUUUAGUUCAAGUUUUACUCCUGUAGACUCCUGCGUUGGUUCAGUUGUAUAGCAUUUGUUAGCUAGAGGCAUAAGUAGUUUUUGUUAGCAGUUCCACGAACUUGAUUUCCUUAGUUGUUUAUCGCACUACCAAUCGAUUCAGUUGAGGCAAUACCACUUCGAGUAACAAGAAUAGAACACAUUACAUUACGGAAUCGUACUAUUUGAAGGAGAAUAAAUCACGCAGAUUAGAUCAAAUUGAAUCUUAACUUUAAUGUCGUAAAAUUAGGUGUACGAAACAAAAAGUCACUGUACUUUACAGUUCAGAAGUGAAGAUAGCAGCAACAGCUAUCGGACAGUUUUUAAAAGCAAAUGACAGUAGGAAACGAACAGUGAAAAAGACACUCUAAUCUAAGCUGCAAUUAUAUUUAUAAAAUAAGGACUAUAGGACGAUCACAGCACACGGACGACCGAUAUACGAAAAGCUACAAUUUAAAUCAAACCAGAUUUUGAUCAUAUGGAAAAGCAAAACAGAAACUUAUUCAAUCUUACAGUUUAGCAAAAAGAAAUCAACUAAAAUAAAGUCGAACGGCAAAACUACUGGAAUAUCUCUAUCUAGUGCUAUCUAUUGUAUAUGAUGAAGAAAAAUAAACGUGAUUUGAGAAAACAAAAUUAAAAAUAAAUAUUUUAUAAUUUACACCACUUGCAAUUGUAAAUCUUAAUGAUCCACUGUGAAACUAUUUCGAUCAAAUCAAAGGAAUAAAAUAAAAACUUA